AUGACGCAUGCAGCUGAGUUGGUAGCAAAGCUGAAAGGUUGGUGUCGUGGUGAGGGUCUGUCUGAGGCUCAUACGCUUAUGGUGAUCAUCCCUGAUGACGCGGACAUCAGCGAGAUUGAGGAUACUCUCCAGACUGUGAAAUGUUUGGGUCGCGUUCGUGUCCGAGGUAGGACUUUUGAUGUGAAGCACAGUCAGCUGAUGGCUUUGUGUGAAUGCAAGGAGAACCUCAAGGAGGCGAAUGUUCCAAAGGAAGUGCUGCCUAUCGGUGGAGGGGAGCCCUGGCCUAUUGUAGUAGUAGGUGAAACUCUGCCAGAUGAUACUGAUGAUUUUGGCCACAAGCUCAUAGGGUUUCUACAGAAAGAGGGGAAGACCUUAGAGGAACUUGGUACUCUCUUCUCUGCUCCUGACCAUUCCACUGAUCCCACAGAAGCCAUACUUCGUGCUGUUAGUGACCUGUUAGAAAAGGCCAGACCUUCCGUUGAGCCUGUUAGCUAUCGCCGCGUACGUCUUUUCUCUGGGUUGUUGCCCACCCCAGCAGGUGAGGAGCCAUUUGAGGUCUGGAUGGAGCAGGCACGACUCAUGGUGGAGGAGUGUGAUUGCUCUGGAAAGGAGAAGAGACGGAGGCUAAUGGAAAGCCUUAAGGGGCCGGCGCUAGAGAUAAUUAAAGCUGUGAGAGCGAGUAACCCUGAUGUCCGUGCAGGUGAAUGUUUGGAUGCUUUGGAAGAUGCAUUUGGGUCAGUAGAGACUGGAGACAACCUGUAUUUUGCCUUUCGCUUAUUGCAGCAGCAAUCAGGCGAGAAGCUGUCCGACUUCCUAUGUCGCUUAGACCGGUCUUUGGAAAAGGUACAGUAG